UUCUCGGGAAAACAUGCUCAACUACCUUGUGUGAUGGGGCCAUGGCAAAUACUCAAUAUUCAACACAACAGCAAUCAAAUUGUAACAACCUUUUGUUUUUUCUUACUACUUUUUUAUUCUUUUAAUGUCAUCUUUCUCAAGUAUUUCUUCUCUUCUACUCAUCUUAUUUUUUCUCACUGUCAUCACUACUCUGUCACUUGGUUUUCCUCUUUUUAUUCUAUUUUUUCUUUGCAUCUUGGAGAUACCCAUUGGCUAGAAACAGCUGUAGCUAAGUCUACAAGUGAAGUGUUCUUUUCUCUGCUGCAGCUGAGUAAGACAUAUAUAACAAGCACCUGCAAUGGGUUCUGCAGAUUGGCUUAAGAAUGUAAUCGGUAUGAGAAAAGCAAAGGAUGGGAGAUCGAAAAAAUUAAAGGGAACAUCAGCAAUCAAAAAGUCUAAUGGAUGCAAGGAUAAUCCCCUGCAGAAAGAUCCUUCAAAAACAACCAAUGGUGUCUUGAUCAAGAAUCAUAGAGAAUUGGGAAUGCCUAUUGAGGACAGAGCAGCUAUCAAGAUUCAGACAGCAUUCCGUGCAUAUGUGGCUAGGAAAACUUUACGUCAAUUGAAAGGAAAUACAAGGUUACAGUCCCAGACACAACGUCUUUCAGUGAAAAAACAAGCGUCAUCAGCUUUGAACUAUAUCCAUUCAUGGAACAGGAUGCAAACUGAGAUUAGAGCUCGCCGUGUCCAUAUGGUAAUGGAAGGGCAUCUUAAGCGGAAGAAACAUGAGAAUCAAUUGAAGCUAGAGGCAAAGCUUCAAAAUGUAGAGAUAGAAUGGAGUGGUGGCCCUGAAACAAUGGAAGUUAUUCUAGCAAGGAUUCACCAGAGAGAAGAAGCAGCUAUUAAACGGGAGCGAGCUAUGGCCUAUGCAUUUUCGCAUCAGUGGAGGGCCAAUUCCAACCACCCAGUAUUUGGAUCUGGAAAUAAUGAAAUGGGCAAAGCUAACUGGGGCUGGAGCUGGAGGGACUGCUGGAUCGCUGCUCGACCAUGGGAAAGCCGAGUUUCUGUUAACGCAAGUCCAAAGAAAGUGAACGAUAAACCAAGCAAGAUCACCAUUAAAAGUAUUACUAGCCCAACAAAGAAAACACCAGUUUCUGUUAAAUUAACUUCUCCCAAUUGGAAAGGCACUAUAAAAGCUAGAAAGUCCAUGAAGUACGUAGCUGCACAAAAAGUGAGCAGCAAAGCUAAGGAAGCUGUUGUUGAAAAACAAGAGGUUGUAGUAGAAACUAGCUCAAAAGCAUAACAUGUUGAAGCCAAAACAUUUCGGUUUUUCGCAUAUCGCUGAGGAUGGUGGUUGGAAAAACUAGUAGUAAGUUAAAUCGCGGAGCCUCAGUUGAUGUAUGUAGUGUGCUUUGUUUGAGUUUUUGGUCGCUUGCUAUCUUGAAACCUCUUAGCUUGCGUCCUUUUGUCAUCAUUUUCGUUAUUUUUCCAAAUUAUUCUCUCUUAUAAGUUUUUCAUAGGUUAGCAUGUGUAUAGUGUCACAUCUCGUCGGAAAGGAUUUGUAUUAUUAUAUUUUUAAGGCCAACAUAUUAUUUAAUUUCCUUGUCUUUUGACCAGAA